GCAGGGGAGGUGGGUGGCUCUCCGCUCGAGGCUUCCUGGGGCAGCAAGAUCCUAGGGCCAAUACCCAGAAGGUCACCGAGGGGCCUCAAUUCCUCUGCCCUGUCCCCCUUCACAGCCACCUGGCAUAUUGCAACUGAAUUAGCAGCAGGACAUCAGGUCUGGGGCCUGUGAAUUUUAGGCUAGCAAGGCAGAAAUGCGUGAAUGUUACCAAGGGCCAUCCUGAGUUGUUUUUAUUCAACGUUUUGUCUGUCACUGGACUGGAUGGGACGACUGAGGGCGGGAGGAAGUUGGAGAGACUCCAAAAGACCAGGCCUCCGCCACCCGUGUCUCUAGGAUAGCUGACCUAACUCCUGGGGCUGGGAACGCAGUUCUCAGGUGACUGAAGUCUCUCUCUGAGUGGCUGGGUCAGUUCUCCAUCCUUGCGACAAGAAGGAGGCGCAACCCCAUGACUGCCCUCGCUUGGCCUGGCUCUGGAGCGGUUUCCCACCCGCUGGUAGAAGGGAGCAGCAGAGGGCAGUUCCAAGCAUAGAUGCGUCCCUGUUGGUGCCAGUGUGACAGUCCCCAAGAACAGGCUUCAUCUGGGAGAUGGGAGAGGAGGCCAGACAUGAGCCCAGGACCUGAGAACCUGGAAAAGGUGUGAAGCAGCAUCCCAGGCCAGCGUGGCUGACAGCCAGCCUGUCCCAUUGUGCCGGGCCCUCACUCUCCCGUGUGCAGCCCAGCCGCCCUUCCUGGGCAGCACGGUGAUGCAGAGCCCGACUUGGAGCGGGCCAGCCUGGGCAGCUGCCGAGGACUAUUGCAUCACCAGCCAGCCUCCGGAACGAGAGCCGGAGCGGGACUGGGCGAGUCAGCUGAGUCAGGGCAUGAGGAAGUCCCCCCUGGCAUGGCCUGGAGUUGCGUGGCUGGAGGGCUGCAGCCCCAGCCUGGUCACAGGCUGGUGGGGGCUGGAGCCUCCCUCCCCACCUCUGCAAGGGCCGCUGUGCUAGUGGAGAGCACCGGGCACAAACAGCUCCUCCCACCCUGUCACCUACAAGGGGGACUGCACACCUCCAGAACACCCCUGGGCUGAUCCCUGGCCAGACACUGCAGCGGCAGGCCUGGGUCCUGGCUUCAGCUGGCUGCCCACGAGAGGCCCCCCGGCCCCCGCACAGCGCCAUGUCUGACUAUGAGAAUGAGGACGAGUGCUGGAGCGCCCUGGAGGGCUUCCGGGUGAAGCUCACCUCCGUCCUGGACCCCGCCCGCAUCACACCCUACCUGAGGCAGUGCAAGGUCCUGGGCCCCGACGAUGAGGAGCAAGUGCUCAGCGACCCCACCCUGGUCACCCGCAGGCGGAAAGCAGGUGUGCUCCUGGACAUCCUGCAGCGGACGGGCCACAAGGGCUACGUGGCCUUCCUCGAGAGCCUGGAGCUGUACUACCCACACCUCUACAAGAAGGUCACGGGCAAGGAGCCCGCCCGUGUCUUCUCCAUGAUCAUCGACGCGUCUGGGGAGUCAGGCCUCAUGCAGCUGCUGAUGAGCGAGGUGACCAAGCUGCAGAAGAAGGUGCAGGACCAGACGGUGCUGCUGAGCUCCAUGGACGACCUCGUCAAGGAGCUGCGUGUCAAGGACAGCCUGCUGCGCAAGCACCAGGAGCGCGUGCAGCGGCUCAAGGAGCAGUGGGAGGCCGGCAGCCACGAGCUCAAGCGCUGCAAAGACGAGAACUACGACCUGGCACUGCGCCUGGCCCGCCAGAGCGAGGAGAAGGGUGCCGCGCUCAUGCGGAACCGCGACCUGCAGCUGGAGGUGGACCGGCUGAGGCAUAGCCUCAUGAAGGCGGAGGAGGACUGCACGGUGGAGCGCAGGCACACGCUGAAGCUGAGGCACGCCAUGGAGCAGCGGCCCAGCCAGGAGCUGCUGUGGGAGCUGCAGCAGGAGAAGGCCCUGCUACAGGCCCGCGUGCGGGAGCUGGAGGCCUCCAUGCAGGACGGCAAGCAGGAUGAGGGCAGCCACUACAUCCAGGUGCUGGAGGAGGACUGGCAGCAGGCGCUGCGGGACAACCAGGAACGGGCCAGUACCAUCUUCUCCCUGCGCAAGGAGCUGCGGCGAGGCGAGGCCCAGCGCAUCCGGUGCAUGGAGGAGAAGGAGAUGUUGGAGCUGCAGUGCCUGGCCCUGCGGAAGGACUCCAAGAUGUACAAGGACCGCAUUGAGGCCAUCCUGCAGCAGAUGGAGGAGGUCGCCAUCGAGCGGGACCAGGCCACGGCGGCGCGGGAGGAGCUGCACGCCCAACAGGCGCGCAGCCUUCAGGAGAAGGACCGGCUGCGCAGGCGCGUGCGGGAGCUGGACGAGAAGGCCGACGAGCUGCAGCUGCAGCUCUUCCAGCGUGAGGGCCAGCUGCUGGCCGUGAAGGGCAGGCUCCGGCGGCGGCUGGAGAUACGCGUCCCGAGCUCUGACCUGGAGGACAGCUCACCCAGGAAUUCUCAGGAGCUCUCACCCCCGCAGGACCUAGAGGAGGAUUCCCAGCUCUCGGACAAAGGAGGCCUGGCCAAUGGGGACAGCCUGGAGCAACCCUUUGCAGCUCUUCAAACGGAGCAGCUUUCACUAACCUCCAGGGACUCAGCUUGCAGUCCCAGGGGCAGGGCCAGGGCCUACCAGGGCGCUGGCCAGAGGCUGAGCAUUGCCCCUCUCCAGGACGCAGGUGGGAGCAACAGGGAGGCCCUGGACAGAGAGCAGAGGGAGCGGCGGCGCCUCAAGGAGAGCUUUGAGAACUACCGCAGGAAGCGGGCGCUCAGGAAGGUGCUGCACAGCUCCAUGCAGGGAGAGGUGGACUGGGAGAACACCACCGGCAGCGACAACACCGACACCGAGGGCUCCUAGCAGCCCCUUAGUCCACUGCGUGUGCCGCCGCCGCCGCCGUGGAGGACCUGCAGGCCCAGUGGGGCCGCGUCCCGGGCGCUGGCUGCGCUAGGCCGCCGCCUUCUUGGCGCAUCCUUUCCACGCAGGUGCAACAAUCCGCGACUUCUACUGAAGUGUUCUUUGUAUCUCUGUCUGCAGCAGUAUUAGGGGUGCGGCUUGGUAAAUAAACGGCUGCGGUCCAGGCCUGCCGCACCUGA